UAAUCAUCUUUAUAAUUUUUCUAUCUUAAAAAAAAAAAAAACUUCUAAUAUAAUUGACGCAGGUGAAAUUGAAUAGUUGUUUAGUUGUGUUUUGGCGGCGAAAACGGCAGAAAAGAAUGAAAGGGUGGAGUGGGUAGAGUGGAGAUUCACAUGAUCAGAUCAUUGGGUGAUAGAAAGGUAUGGAGGGUAAUAGCAGGCGCAGCACAUGGGAACAAGGGCACGCCAUGCUUCUAUUCUACACAUUCGUGGGAUUCGAAUUCCUACGCUGCCAUGCUCCAACAAGCUAUUCAAAAGCGCGACCCAAACACAGGGAAGAGCCUCCACUGCCACAUUCUCAAGCGUGGCGCUUCUCUCGACUUGUUCGCCCAAAACGUCCUUCUCAACACUUACGUCCGUUUCGACUCCUUCUACGACGCUUCCAAACUGUUCGACGAAAUGCCCCUCACUGACACCGUCUCUUUCGUCACCCUGGCCCAGGCUUUCUCCCAUUCCCACCAAUUCGAUCGCGCCCUUCACUUGCUUCUCAGGUUGUUCAGAGAAGGAUACGAGGUGAACCAGUUUGUUUUCACGACUCUUCUCAAGUUGCUGGUGAGCAUGGAUUUGGCUGACGCAUGUUGGAGUGUGCAUGCUUAUGUUUAUAAGCUUGGUCAUCAUGCUGAUGCGUAUGUUGGGACUGCGCUUAUUGAUGCCUAUUCUGUCUGUGGAAAUGUUGACGCUGCGCGUCAAAUUUUUGAUGGAAUUUGUUGUAAGGACAUGGUGUCUUGGACUGGGAUGGUGGCUUGCUAUACUGAGAAUUACUGCCAUGAGGAUUCAUUGCUACUUUUCUGCCAGAUGAGGGUUACAGGGCUUAAACCGAACCAUUUUACCAUUUCUGCUGCACUGAAGUCCUGUCUUGGUCUAGAAUCAUUUGAGGUUGGGAAAAGUGUUCAUGGAUGUGCUUUGAAAGAGUGUUAUGAUAGGAAUCUUUAUGUUGGCACUGCGCUGCUUGAAUUGUACACCAAGUCUGGAGAGAUUGCUGAGGCGCAAAAGUUUUUUGAAGAAAUGCCGAAAGAUGAUCUUAUCCCUUGGAGUCUUAUGAUAGCUCGGUAUGCGCAGAGUGACAAAAGUAAAGAGGCUCUGGAGUUGUUUUUCCGUAUGAGGCAGUCAUCAAUUGUCCCCAAUAAUUUUACGUUUGCUAGUGUGCUGCAAGCUUGUGCAUCUUUGGUUUUGCUGAAUUUGGGAAAGCAAAUUCAUUCUUAUGUUGUGAAAGUUGGUCUUGACUCAAAUGUGUUUGUCUCAAAUGCUCUCAUGGAUGUUUACGCCAAGUGUGAUGAAAUUGAGAACUCCGUCAAAUUAUUCACGGGAUCAACAGAGAAAAAUGAUGUAACUUGGAACACUAUAAUUGUUGGUUAUGUUCAGUUAGGGGAUGGGGAGAAAGCAUUAAAUUUAUUUUCAAAUAUGCUUGGAUAUUACAUAGAGCCAACUGAAGUGACAUACUCAAGUGUUCUUCGUGCCUCUGCCAGUUUAGUGGCAUUAGAGCCAGGGCGUCAAAUUCAUUCCUUGUCUAUUAAAACCAUGUAUAGCAAGGACACUGUAGUUGCAAAUUCGUUGAUAGAUAUGUAUGCUAAAUGUGGAAGAAUCGAUGAUGCCCGGCUAACAUUUGAUAAGAUGGACAAACGAGAUGAAGUUUCAUGGAAUGCUAUAAUCUGUGGAUAUUCUAUACAUGGGCUGUGUAUGGAGGCUCUAAAUUUAUUUGACAUGAUGCAACAGACGAAUUGUAAACCUAAUAAACUUACUUUUGUUGGUGUCUUGUCUGCAUGUAGCAAUGCAGGGUUGUUAGACAAAGGACAGACUCACUUUAAGUCAAUGUUACAGGACUAUGGCAUUGAACCAUGUGUAGAACAUUAUACUUGCAUGGUAUGGCUUCUCGGGAGAUUAGGUCAAUUUGAUGAAGCAGUCAAGCUCAUUGGAGAAAUUCCAUUUCAGCCUAGUGUUAUGGUGUGGCGUGCAUUACUUGGUGCUUGUGUUAUCCAUAAGAAUCUUGAUCUAGGUAAAGUUUGUGCGGAGCAUGUACUUGAGAUGGAGCCCCAUGAUGAUGCAACCCACGUACUUCUGUCAAACAUGUAUGCCAAUGCAAGGAGAUGGGACAACGUUGCUUCUGUUAGGAAAAAUAUGAAAAAGAAAAGGGUGAAAAAGGAACCAGGCUUAAGCUGGGUUGAGAAACAAGGUGUGAUUCACUAUUUUUCUGUGGGAGACACCUCUCAUCCUGACAUCAAACUAAUAUGUGCAAUGCUUGAAUGGUUAAACAAAAAAACCAGGGAAGCAGGAUAUGUUCCUGAUUGCAAUGUUGUUUUGCUUGAUGUGGAGGAUGGUGAAAAGGAACGGCUCUUGUGGGUGCACAGUGAAAGAUUAGCCCUGGCUUUUGGACUGAUUCAAAUUCCGGCUGCGUGUUCUAUUCGUAUCAUUAAAAAUCUUCGGAUUUGUGUAGAUUGUCAUACUGUUAUAAAGUUGAUAUCAAAAAUUGUGCAGCGAGAAAUUGUUAUCAGAGAUAUAAAUCGGUUCCAUCAUUUUCGGCAUGGCAUUUGCUCCUGUGGUGACUACUGGUAACUGAUGUAGUCAAGUAGGGUACAGUGACAAUUACGCAUAGGUUUAUAACAUUUUUUAAUUACUUAGUUUUGCCUAUAGAAGGCAGCAAUUGUACCGCAUUGUAGAAUCAAGUUAUGAAUGAAAUUUUGGUGAAUUGUUA